UGACUCAGGCAAUAGUCUGCGUUUGAGCAGCGUUUAGUGAAGAUCGAUUUGUGAGACGUUGUAUGUGCGAAGUGCUAGUGAACGGAGUGUGCAAUUCAAACCAAAAACAUAUACAUAAAAUAUUGAGCUAUGCGUUUCCUAACUUUUUCGGCUGUCUUAGUACUCUGCGCAGCAUGCGUYAAUGCGGCUACUUUAAAUGUUGUCAGCGAGGAUAAUACACCCAGUGCGCCAUUACCGAUCAAUGGCGCUGCUGUCGACGAAGUCUUAGUGGAGUCUUCUCUCUAUAUCAAGCCAAAGACGAAUUUGCGGCCACAAGUGCGACGUGUGCGCAGCAUACCCUUCGCUAUGCCGUUGAGCASCGCAUCAUUGCUGGAACAUGUGCGUGUGAAGCGUAUGCCACAAUCGGGGCAAUCACAGGCGACUGCUGCAUCUGAUUCGAAUAGUUUUAAUUUUGGACCGUUUGGCGCUAACUCAGCGGCCGCCAAUGCUGGUUCCCAAGCCUUCAACGCUUUUGGUCCGAAUGGCAAGUUCGGUGCCUCCUCAGCGGGCACAUUGACACAAGCUUCGCAGUUUGGUCCUUUUGGACCGCAAAACUCUGCCGGCGCUUCAAUGAGCCAAGUUUAUAGGCUGCCAAAUGGACAGGUGAUUAACUUUGCUAGCACAAAUAGCUUUGCUAAUGGCCCCAACGGAAAUAAGGCCAACAGCCGCGGGUCAUCGGUGUCUGUCAGUCAACUUUAGAGCUCUAAAUUUUGGAAAACUGCAAAUAAUGCUCUAUGCUUAAAAUAWUUUGUGCAAUUAUGUUAAUAUUUCUGAAUUUCUGCGAAGAUUUAAACUAGAGCUUACAGRUUUUUAAAUUUCUAUUGAAAUAUAAUGACUUUUCUUACUAAAAAAGA